AUGUCAUCAUCACUAGAGGUCGAACGUUGUAAUCAAAGAAAUGAAGAGGUCACUGUUUCUAGAGACAGUAUCAGUUCGUUACCCAACGAUUUGUUCAUCCAGAUUUUGUUGCUUGUCCCAACGAAAGAUGCAAUGGCCACAAUGGUUUUGUCAAAACGAUGGCGUUAUCUCUGGACGUUGGUGCCUAAAAUCGAGUACACAGACACUAGUGAUGAGUGCGAAAGCAUGUUGGGAAAUUGGUUGCAAAAUGCAGUUGAUCGCUCUGUGCGCAAGGUAGAGUUGGAGCUACUCUGGACCGCGAAGCCUACUAGCUUGCGUAAGAGCUUUUACACAUGCAAAACGCUAGUGGAAAUGACUCUUUCGGACAAGAUUCUUGUGGAUGUGCCUACUUCGGUUUGCCUCCCGUCACUAAAAAUAUUGCGCCUAUUCUUUGUGAUAUUCAAAGACGAAUAUUCUCUCGAGAGGCUUCUAUCAAGUUGCUUAGUUCUUGCUGGAUCGAGAGUGUACCUCGGCAUCAAUGAUUUCUGGAGAUACCCUUUCCCCAUUGUGAAUAAGCUUCGCUUUGAUGUGCCACGUAUCUCCGUUUUCUGUAAAUAUGAUGACAAGUUUCUUAGAGCUAUCUCAAUUGUCACGUCUCUUAUUUUAUCUUUGGAACAUCCAAUGGAUAAUAAUGGAUAUCAACCCGGGAAUCUAGCAUUCUCAUGGAACCAACCAAGUUUAGCCCCCAGAUGCUUGUCGUCUCAUUUAGAGGAGUUUGCGUGGGAGGGAUAUAGAGCAAGCAAAGAAGAGAAACAGCUCAUGAGAUACAUACUUGCUAACUCAAAGUGUUUAAAGAAAGUGGCAGUCGCCUUGGUAUCAACCUCCAAUCUUGAAUAG